AUGGCACUGUUCACCGUGUCUUCACGCUUCGCUAACCCAGGCGUCAUGCCGUGGUCACCAGAAGACUUUGCUAACCGAGCUCAAAGUCUCUCGAGCGACUCGGAACUGAGCGUAGAUGAACUGAAAGCAUCUUUCCUCCUGUGCCUUCACGCCAUGUCUGACUCCUUGACGUGGGCAACUGUCACCGAAACCACCAAGAUCACCAGGAUGGCUGAUCUGUACUACACGAUGCGCCUUGGAGGACAGCGCAACGUGUCCGGCAGGGCCUUUGACCUUAACAGUGAGGAGGACGCUGGCGGUGGGGAUGGACUAGCAGCGAGACGACGGGAAGAGGCGGAGGACUUGGAUGCUGAGAUGGAGGAGUGGAACAGGCCAUCCUUUGAUUCAGAGCAUGAUCAAGACCUGUCGCAGAACAAGUCCUUGAACAGCGUAAAGCAUCCGAAGCACUGGCAGACGAUGAAGGCCAUCUUUUCACAGCCGGCAUGUACGAAUCAAAGCCUCUAUCUCGGCGUGUGCACCUUUGUGAGAUCCGUCACAGAACUCAGGUCCCUAGUCAAGUCCGGUCGCACCAGAGGCCUUGAGAACCGCCUCAGAGAGCUCCAGAACGAUAGUGCGGCCACGGCGUUUGCGUUGCCUUCGUGGUACUUUCAGCCUGUGAGGAACCUGAGCGUUGGCGAGACGGGAGAGGACCAUGCGUCUCGGUUGAAGAAUCUGCUUGUCUGGUCCUGUUCCGACUUGCUACUCGCCAUCUGUGCUGUGGAGAUGAGCAGCUCGUCGACCACGGCUGCUCCCGAUCUCACAGCGCAUUGGCAUUCGAUCUUGGACAAGGCAAACGAUGCGGCUGAAGUUGUUGGAAAGUGGAAGCCGGCCUACCUCGACAUCGUCGACCCGCUGUGCUCUUAUAUUGUCCUUUUGGUUGGCGCCAUCUUCUCCUUGCAAAGGGCCCUCUCGUCCGAGACAUCCAUUUACUCCUCCCAGCUUGAUCUGCUGGAGCUGUUCAUGGAACAGAUAGGGACUCGUUGGCCCAUCGCGCUCACCUACGUUCGCCAGUUGACUCACCCUUUCGAUGGCCAACCAAUCCACCCUGUUCUGAAAGGUGAUGCCCCAGACGCUAGCACAUCAGGAUCUACGGAGGCCAGGGACACAGGCAACGGAGGUUUUCCAGCGAAUACAUACGAGGACGGAUAUGGUCAUUACUACGACCUCGACGGUAUUGAUUUCGCGAGUCUGGAGGGUGUUUUCGGCGACAUGGACCCGAUGGAUAUGCUGCUGCAGGUAGGUAGUUGA